CCGGGCUUCUUAUCGCGGGACCAGAAUGUGUAUAUAAGGAGAUGGCAGCGUGAUAUUUAGCAAGUCUUGGAACGCCCGGUGCUGAGCACAGGUAGCUGCAACUUCUCUAGUCUAGUCUACAGUCUUCUCCGUCACUGUUCUGCAAUGAAGCUUAAAAUGGCAGUUGUGUCCCCAACGGAUCAACCCAGACUGACGACCCUUUCGAGACCAGAUCUCCAGAAGAAGGUCCUGGAGCUUUUAUCUCCAUUGAUACUGACUGAAAACCAGCAGCAGAGGAUUCGGGAUGUUUUCUUGGACGAGAUGCGUCUUGGUCUCGCUGCCAAUCCAGAGAAGAAAUCCUCGCUACUGAUGGAGAACACUUUUAUUCCUGAAUUACCAGAUGGUACAGAGGAUGGAGAGUACCUGGCUCUUGAUCUUGGUGGUACCAAUUUCCGGGUAAUAUAUGUUCGCAUGAGAAAUGGAAAGUUUGCAGAGGAGGUCGUAGACUACUUCCAUGUUCCUACAGAAAAGCGCCUUGGGCAUGGUGAAGAAUUGUUUGACUUCCUCGCUGAGUGUAUUUCUGAAUUCAUUCACAAGAGGGAACUUGGAGGUCGAAAUUUUCAAUUAGGAUUUACCUUUUCCUUUCCAAUGACGCAGAAAAGUCUUGAUGUGGGCAUCCUAGUAUCAUGGACCAAAUCCUUCAACUGCCCAGGGGUUGUUGGCGAAGAUGCCGUCAGGAUGCUCAACGAUGCCAUCAGGAGAAGAAAAGAUUUGGAUAUCACAGUUACAGCUGUCCUCAAUGAUACUACAGGAACUUUGGUCAUGGGUGCAUACAUGAACAAAUCUUGUGCUCUGGGUAUGAUCCUGGGCACAGGAUGCAACGGCUGCUACAUAGAGAAGGUGGAAAGAAUUGAAAAAUGGCUUGGAAGACACAGUGAAGCAGAGAUGGUUGUGGAUAUUGAGUGGGGUGCGUUUGGAGAUAAUGGUGUUCUCGACUUCAUCAAAACUGAGUGGGACAGAGCUGUUGAUGAACAGUCACUUCUUGUUCACUCGUACACGUUUGAAAAAUACUUUGCUGGGAAGUAUUUAGGAGACCUGUAUCGUGAGGUUCUCUUGACACUGGCUAAGAAGGGACUCAUAUGUGGUGGCAAAACUGGAAAGCUUAACAUCCAUGGGGCCAUUACCACGACAAAUGUUUCACGCAUUGAGAGUGACGCUUUCAAAGGCAUCUUGGAGGAAACAAAGAUGGUAUUUAAUGACAUGAAUCUGAACUAUGACGAUGACGACCUUCACAUUGCCCAAUAUGUUGCUGGCAUUAUAUCCUACAGGGGUGUCCUCCUUGUUUCUAUAUUAAUUGGUCUUCUGCUCGUGAGAAUGCAGCGUGACCACAGCACCGUAGCUAUUGAUGGAUCUCUGUUUAAACACCACCCAAGGUUCCGUCCUCUUAUGGAGAAGCUUAUCUCGGAGUUUGCCCCUGGCUGCUCGUUUGAACUGCAGCUUGUACAUGAUGGGUCUGGUAAGGGGGCUGCUCUGGCCGCGUCCAUCGCCGAAAGACUGCACAAGAGAUCAUUAACUGCACCUCGCUAGUUAUGGUUUCCUAAGUAUUGCUGUAAUGCAGCAGUUUUGUAUUUCCCCUUGGCUUUUGUAUGCAUAUUUUUGUCAUGGUUGCUAUUAAGACUUCAGUACAGUGAUUUAGUGUUUAGAAACUACAGUACAGGACAGAUAUUUUGAAGCUAUAUCUAUUUUUCAAAUAAAUAUUAUAUUACU